AAAUCAACACACAAUAAGGAAGUGAACAGAAGCGGAAGUGGAGUCAUCACCUACAACAACACUGACAGUAUACAGACACUGCAACAUCAGCGAGACCUGCUGCAAUGAAUAAUAAAGGACAGUACCCAACACCCCCAGCCUAUCCCACACAGACUCCUAAUCCUCAAUCUGUGUACCCACCAACCAUGCAUCUUUCACAAGCUCCUCCUUAUACCGAUGCUCCACCGGCUUACUCAGAGCUUUACCGCCCGGGGUAUGUGCACCCACCUGGUGCCAACAUGGCUCCUUUAUCUGCCCCCUACCCUGGUACGUCAAUGUAUCUGCCUAUGACCCAGCCUAUGCAAGUUGCUCCAAUGGCCUCUUCAGUGCCCUUGGCAUACUAUCCUAUUGGUCCUGUGUAUCCACCUGGCUCCACUGUCCUUGUUGAUGGCGGGUAUGAUGCUGGGGCCAGAUUUGGACAUGGCAGCGCUGCAACAGUGCCCCCACCUCCUCCAGGCUGCCCUCCCAAUGCAGCUCAGCUUGCGGCCAUGCAAGGUGCCAACGUCUUAGUCACACAGAGAAAAGGCAAUUACUUCAUGGGCGGUUCGGAUGGAGGAUACAGUAUGUGGUGAAAGGAAUGAAGAAGCAUGGAAAUGGGGGGAACAUAAAGCAAAAAAACCCACAAAAAAGUAAAAAAAUAAAUUUAAAAAAUGGGCUAAUUCUUUUGUAUGAGGAAUGACAUCUCACUGCGUGAGCACUUCCUGCGAUGUUCAGCUUUAGAAUAUUAACCCAGAAUUGCUGUUUAGACACACAUUUAGUGGUCUCUUCAGUCUGUACUCCUAAUGUAGGGAUAAAGAGGUCCUUUUUAAAAAGAAGGAAAUAAAAAUGCUUUGCAACCCUUCAUACCACAACUUAACUUCCCCCACGCAUUUUCACUCGUUAAUAAGAUUAAAGAUAUUUACACGUUAAUUUUAGGCUUCCUGGAUCUCCUUAGAGGGAGAAUAAAAAAGAACUGCAUCUGGGGGGUAAUUAUUGAGAAAUCACAAGGAAACAGAUUGAAUGUGAUUUUUUUUUUUUUUUGUUUUGUUUGUUUGUGCUUUAAAAACUGUUAUAGGACAGUUUAUAGUAGGAACGUGUGAUGUGUUUUUCAGAGAAUGAAAGCAAGAUUCACCUGCAUACACAUAACAUUUAAAUAUAACUUUGGGAGUUCUUUUUAACAUGAAUCCCAAACAUGUCCUGGUAAUUUCUGUUUUCUGCCCUAUAUUCUGAUUUAUAAAUAUAUGCAUCUUGUAUCUGCUCUUUAUCUUUUUGUUUUAACUUUGUGAUAUUCUUUACCUCUGUAAUAACACUUUAAGCCAUUUGCAGACGCUUGAUAUUGACACAUGGCUUGGUGUUUAUUGAAAUGUGGGUGCUGGAACAAAACCGUUCAAAAUAAUCUAGUAAUUUCACAUUGUCUGAAUGCUGAAAGGAUGAUUUAUUUUCUUACUGGUUUAUUUUUUAGCAAAGUGCUAGUCCCAGCAAUAAAGCCCUAGUUUCCAACAUUGAGCAACAUUGAGAUGUUUCUGAAAAAAAAAAUUCAGCACCCAAAUUAUUAUAUAAAGCCACCUAGAUGUGUAUUUUAAAGGUUAUUUCCCUUAUACAUUUCUUAUAUAAAAGUGCAUAUAAAAAGUUCUUUUGAAGUUAAGAAGCAAUAUGUUUUAAGAGAAAUGAAUGAUCUACAUUAAACUCCAAUGCAUACAUAUAUUGUGAUGUUGGGCCAUAAGGCUUCCUGGUAUAAAAACAAACCUAAAAGGGCCAGAUUUUGUUAAUGCAUGUGGUGGGGCAGCCAUCGCAUUUCACAAAUGCUGCAUGUGAUCGCUGUUACUCCUAAAAUAUAUGUACAUUUCUGUAUGGUCCGUCUGUUUUGAUGCUUAAAACAAAUCCUGGGAGCUCAAUCAUGCCUGCACACUGUCGGCUAUAUUUUUGGGGUGGCUUUUUGCUAUGAGAUUUAAAAACAGGGGUUUCCUUGUAUUUCUUUCUCAUGAACCCUGUCUAGAGUAAAAAACAUACAAUGUUAGGGCUAUUGUAAUUAUUGAAACACAUUGAGGUUGAUUCACUAAACACUAAAUUGUAGUACAUUGAAAAUGUAAUUGCAAAAUUCAGGUAACAACAAUUUGUUUGUAAAACAUUUGCUGUAGUCACAGUUUGACUGUUUUUCCCCUCAAUUUAGCAAUUUGGGUUUUAAUUCAGUGUUUAGUUAAUUAACUGUAUUCCCAGUGGUUAUAGUGAAAGUUAUUCUAAUUCAUCAGAAAGAUCUACAACAGGGCAAGAGGAUAAACAGUUUAACAUCUAUACCUAUAGCCUUUUAAAAGGUAAUCAUCGCCCUUGGGGUGCAGUGUCAUCAGUGUUUGCUAGUGGUACCAUAAUCAGUCAAAUUUAGGCCAAUAAUUAAAUCUUCAGUAAAUAUGUGCGUUACAAUGACUUUGUUUUGAUGAAUAAACAUAUAUUGAAAAAAAAUUAAACUAUUCUGCUUUUUUGUUUUAAGAUAUAAUUAAAAUAUUAUACUUGAAGGUUGGGGUAAGCCUCAAAACAGAUUAGUGCCAUUACAGAAAAAAAAUAAUACAAAAACUCUUGUUACUCCCCAGUGAAGCCAAUUUUCCAACCUGUAUUUCAUUUAUACCUUGCAUAUAUUGAGCCAACAAGCUUGAAUGGUUGCAGUAUGAAGGACAACAUAUGUUGGUUGUUUAAAUACAGCUAUACUAGUGGUUUCUUUUUAGAAACUGCUGAACUCCAGUGAAAGAGGUGAAAGUUAUUUCCAGAAUCACUAGCCUACGAGAAGAAUAAUUCAGGGAUUCAGUUGUGUUUGAAGAUGUUUUAUGUGAGUGAUCAGUUUGCUGCUCAAGUAACCCAUAGUGAAAUGUUCUCCAGGUCUCUGUUGUAGCAAACAUGUUACAAAAAAAACAUUUAUUUUAUUAUGUAAGACAUCAUUAAGUUUUAGUUGUACUUAUGCAGUAUACAGUGAAUAGUCUUGAGCUGUACUGGGAAUAAUUCCAGUUCUGAUUCACAUGAAAGGAAUGGUUACCAUAUCUAGUACAGUAAAGAAGUUUUACUUCUGUUAAAUAAGUCCUGUCUCUCUCCAUACUGUUUUAUAGGCUCUUAUGACUGACUUACUAAGGAAGUUUAGCAUUCAAUGUCUUUAAUACACUGUGGUGCACUUGUGGAUUUUGAUUUUAUACUAAAACAAAUGUAGAUUUAAAAACUAUUUUGAAGAUUUGAAUAAACUGAUGAUGUUGAAAUAAACCUCAUAAUAUGAAAAUCUCCAAUUA